AGCCGACGUCGUCAGUCUUGUGCCUGUUUCGUAGCGAUUCUGAUGCGCUUCCUUUUGUGUCCUGCCUUUCGCCAUCAUCAGUGCCCAAACUCAAACUUGACCGGAGGAGAGGUGGUGUUUUGUGUGUUGUUUCUUCAUUUGCGAAUUCGCUUUGCGAGUUUACAAAACUUUUCACGGACUGUUGCAUUUGCAUUAUUUGGUUGUGCGUAAAUAGGAGUAUCGGCGCGUGUUCAAUAGGCUGCUAUUGCCGUUUUGAAGUGAAUUUCUAUCAAAAUCAAUCGCAGUGGGCCAUCACCACGCAAGUGCCAACCAGCCAGCAGCAGCCGUAGAGUGACUUGCGCACCUUAGUAGGCAGGUAUAGGAGAAACGCGGUUAGCCUGCGAGAGAGUGAGUAGGACGGAGACAAUCGACGAAUGCCAUUAGGUGCCCCGAUUAGGGAAUUUAGUGAAAUUCCAGUGCGCCUAAGCGGUCCAAGUGCGUAUGGAUUUAGCUGUGAGUCGAUUCGAUUGAGGAAAAGCUAAGCAGGUGAAAUAGGUACUUAACUAAUCGUUAAGUAGUUUUCAAAGUUGAACUUAAGUUGCUUGAACACUGACGGUGCCUGUGCGAGUGAGACCAACGAGCUACACGGUGAUGAUUACGCUGAUGGUGAGACGGGUUUGAGCAAUUUUUUUUAUUCCUGCGCUGUUUUUGGAAAUUGGAAAAUCAAGUUUGCGCGAAGGAGACGACAUACUCUGGGAAGGCUAGGGGGAAGUGAUCACGUUCCGUUAUAUUUUGAUGUGAUGUUGCUGUGAGCUGCUGGGACCUGGAAGAAGUUGCUCCUGGACGUAAGGAAGACGAAGAAAACGUGUUGUGACGAUAAUUUAGUUGGAUGCGAAAUAUUUUCGGCAGAAAAGGUGAAAGAAUAAUUUCAUGCGCGACGAAGGACGUUUACGAGUGAGAACAUUGAAGUGAAGCGACACAUACGCGUUCGGUUGAAUAAUUUACCCGGAUGCAAACCGUGAGUGGUGCAUAAAGUCCCGAAAAUCCGGUUCUGGUGGCUGUUCGCGACAGGUUCGCCGUAACAGCUAAAGCAAACACCGUCAAGACGACUCAGUGCAGCGAAUAGGUUACCGUCACAUCGUUACAAGAAUACUAAUCAGCUGUAAAACAAACGUCAGCUACAUCGAAUCGCCAUCGUCGGAACACCGCACACGCGCACGCUGUGAGAAAUCUAAAAUCACAAUUAUCAAAACCAUCCGCAGCAUCCACACCUUUUAGUUGUGUAGACAAUUACUCAUUAUUCUAAAAAAUAAGCGGUACGAUUGGCACCUUCCCGCCAUCAUCCAAACCGACGGCGAAACCGCUAGAAAAGUGCGUGAGUGCCACUCAUCUUUCCCGGUUGGAAACAAUAGAACAAUUCGGCACGGCAAUCGGUUGUACCUGCCCCAUGAACAGAGAACAUCAACCGGCUGCUGGUGACGAACGCCGGAUACCGGAGGAACUCGGCGCUAGAAAAAGUGUAAUCUCCAUUAUCAUCAGACAUCACUGCUGAAACGCUUCGUUAUUGUUGAUACAGAGUGUGCAAUAGGAUAGAAGACCAAGACCAGAGAGCAAGUGCACGGCGCGUGGCCUGAAAGAAGCAUAAUUGAACGAAGUAAUUUAGCAAUAAAAAAAGCAAAGCUAGAGUGUACAUAUCAGUAAAUGUGUCGAAACGAAACCUCAUCUUGAGGAGCCCGCCUGAAUUGUUCGCCAGAGUGUAAGUGAGUGCGCGUGUGUGUAUGUGAGCCAUAGAUUUCGGCGAACUUCAAGUGAAAAAGAAAAGCCCGUUGUUGUGCUGCAAAACCAACCCAUCAGGGAAACCUAAUUCCCAGCAAUUUCAGUACGAACUGACCGAGCGACCGCGGCUACUGGACGAGACGGCCAUCGCUGUGGGCUUGUGGAUAGUGCGGAGCAACAAGAAGCCAACAAAGCUGUGCAUCCAGCAGUGUAAGCCCCCUCGUGGCCCCGCCGGUGGAAGAUGUUAGUUCCGGGACAUGUGGUGUCACUGUAUGUGGCGACGUGCGGCUAUAACGGUGCGGCACUUGGUUCCGACGAGAAGGAGAUUGUUCUGCUGAUUUACGUAAUCAUCGAUGUGCAGACAAAUAAUAUCGUCGGCGUCAAGCAGUAUUUCGUGCGACCAUCAAACCCCCAGCAGGGUCGCGAACACCAGAAUGCCCUUCACAGUAGCAGCGCCAGCAGUGCCAGCCAGAACAACAUCAGCUCCAGCCAAACCUCGCUCGACCAGUCCAUCGGCACAACCUGCUCGUCGACGCAGUCGAACAACUCGACCAGCGGGGCGUCGUCGGCCACCUCGUCGUCGGGUGCCUUGCCCGAGUAUGCAAUCAGCCAGGAGAUACCCGCCAUCGAGUCCCUGAUCCAGUCCAAUGGGCGACCCCUGGAGGAGGUGCUCGAACAGUUCGAUUCCUACACGCGGUCCCUCCAGAUAGACCCCUGCGGGGGUAACUUUCGGUUGGUGGUGGACGGCCAGCUCCCCCUGCGGCAGUGUCUCCACCCGGAAGCCGGUGCCAAAGAUAUUCAGCUACCCGCGUACUACUGGCGAUUUGGCGACCUGCGCAAGGAGUAUGCACGCUGCAAGGCCGGCGAUCUGGCUCGGGCCCUGGUGCCGGUGGCCGACAGUGCCAAGCUGCACACGAUGCCCCGGGUGCCGGCAGUGCUCGCCUCGGUGGCCGAAAUUAUGCAAGAUCUUGACCUUCCCGCAUUCCAAGACAACGAGUUAUACGUGAAAGAAGCUCGUGAUAUGGUCACAAUUAUCCAGCACAUGAUAUCAUUAGGUCAUAAAUUCGAAGCGAACGAAGUAGUGAAUUUAAGUUUAGAACCUGGAAUAUGCUCAAUCGAUGACGAAAUUGAUGGCACUUGCAUAGUGCGCGCACGUGGAUUGCCCUGGCAGAGCAGCGAUCAGGAUAUCGCUCGGUUCUUCCGGGGAUUGAAUGUGGCCAAAGGUGGAGUGGCACUCUGCUUAUCGCCACAGGGGCGUCGUAACGGCGAAGCAUUAGUGCGGUUCGUUUCGCAGGAACACCGUGACAUGGCGCUCAAACGACACAAGCAUCACAUUGGCAAUCGGUACAUUGAGGUGUACCGCGCAUCCGGGGAAGACUUCCUAGCCGUCGCGGGUGGAGCAUCGAAUGAGGCGCAGGCGUUUCUCUCCAAAGGUGCUCAGGUCAUCAUUCGUAUGCGAGGGCUUCCGUACGAUUGCACCGCCAAACAAGUGCUCGAAUUCUUUGCCAAUGGCGAAAACAGCUGCACCGUGCUGGACGGCUCCGAUGGAAUACUGUUUGUGAAAAAGCCGGAUGGUCGGGCUACCGGCGAUGCGUUUGUACUAUUUUCGCAGGAAACUGAUGCCCCGAAGGCGUUGUCCAAGCAUCGGGAAUCGAUCGGACAGCGCUAUAUUGAGCUGUUCCGGUCAACGACAGCCGAGGUUCAGCAGGUACUGAACAGGUCGAUGGAUCCUAAGACGUACGAGCCGCCGCAGCCACCAUUGAUUGCUGCAUUGCCACCAGUGCAGAUGCCGUUGCUACCGCAGCAUGUGAUUACGAGUGGCACGGAGAAGAACUGCAUUCGAUUACGAGGGCUACCGUACGAGGCUAAGGUGGAACACAUUUUACACUUCUUGGAGGACUUUGCUAAGCACAUUGUCUACCAGGGAGUGCAUCUAGUUUACAACGCACAGGGUCAGUUUAACGGGGAAGCGUUCAUCCAAAUGGAUUCGGAGACAGCCGCCUACCAGUCGGCUCAACAAAAGCACCACAAAAACAUGAUGUUCGGUAAAAAGCAGCGAUAUAUUGAAGUGUUUCAGUGUUCUGGUGACGAUAUGAACAUGGUCCUGAACGGUGGAUUCCAGCAGCCGACGAAUAUCUCCAAGCCGCCGCUGUUAUCACCCGGUAUGUUACCAUCUGCGCAACAGCCGCCAACACAAACUCAACAAGCACAAGCGCUGUCUCUGCUCCCGUUAUCCGUUCCACCUCCGCUAACACUGUCGAUCCCCCCUCCCACUCCCCAAAUGAUAGCACAACAGCAAGCUCAUUUUAUAGCACAGCAUAGUUUGAUGGCUCGCCAAGCCGCCGCCGCUGCUGCAGCCGCCCAACAACAAGAGCAAUACUUGUAUCAACAUCUUGCAAUGCACCCAACCCACUCGACGGGUGCAAAUUCUGCCGUGGUAUCGCAAGCCCCGCCUACCUAUGCAACGGCGACGACGAUGACCCAUCCAACUGGGAGCUACUCAAUGACUCACACGCACGCUCCACCUCCCACUAUGGCUAACAUGAACCAAGGAGCUGGCGGUAUUCCAAGUCACCUAGCAGCGGGCGGUGUUCAUGCUGCCCAAUAUCCGCAGUUUGUGUUCAUGCCACGGCAUAUGGUUGGCCCCGGCGGAUUCCCUGUUGGUUUCAUGCCACCAGGCAUGAGUCCAAUGCACUUUCCUGGAGCGGCCACCGCUGCUGCAGCAACCGGUGGCCUUGCCCAAACCGCAAUUGCUACUCCAACCGGAAUUGCACAUCCCGGUACACUUAGCCACUCGGCCGCCGCUGCCAAUGCUCAACAACAGCAUGCCGCUGCCUUGACGGCCAACGCCGCCAGUGCUAUGCUCCCGACAAGCAUCAAACGCUCCUACGACAAUGCGUUUCGCAACGACCAAUCCCAGCUAACAGCAACCACGGGCACGAAACGUGCUUUCCAUGGCGGUAAUCAGGCGGCUGCGGCAGCUGCUGCGACGGCGGCUCUCUAUACGCCCUAUUACCAUCCCCACAUAUGAAGGCAGGGCGUUGCGUUACGUUAAAUUACUUUUAGGGAAGCUGUUGUCUUUAAUGAUCAAUUUAGUACAAUUGUACUAAAAUAUUACCAAUUUAUUUUUAUAGUAACUUUUGCCUUUUUAUUAAAUUAUGAAAUCAUUCCAAUAGUUUAUAGUUAGAUACGCUGUAAUAUCUAAAAACGAAUCAUUCCAUCCACUGCUUUUGAUGCAGCUACUGUUAUUUAGAACACAAAGUUGUUGACUACAAGACAUUUAGAGCGCGGUUGUGAUCAAACGCACCCAAUCAAAGAAGACUCUCUUCCAAUCAAUAGACGCUACUAAAAGUACUUAUUAGAAAAAUGAUUCAUAUACACUAUUUCACAUAUAUUGAAAUAACUUUGUUUAUAUAUUAUUGAACUCUUUAUAUACACAAAACCAUUCCAUAAGCGAAAAAGUUGUGCUUACAUGACAUGAAUCCCCCUUCCUUGUCCUCCCACCGUGAUUUCCUACUCCACUAUCUGACUUGGUUUCCGGCAACUAGAAAACACAAAAUGGAACAGUCUAAUCCUACUACGAAUUAACACCAUCCUUGGGGGUUGUUUCAAUUUCAAUCCCUGCUACAUGUGAUCAAAACACUCACACCAACACAAAUGGAACGUGUUUGAGGGUACCUCAUAUAAUAGUAAUGAUUGCUGCUGUGUGUUUAUGUAAAGGCGGUUUGCUGGGUCUCAUCCUACCUUAUAAAAAUCCAUACAAAUCAAAACACCGGGGGUGUCGGAAUUAUUAUAGCUACUAUCGUUAUGUAAUGUAAUUUCGUUGUAAGGCGCCUGGAUCCCCAGAGGGUGAGACAUUAUAGACUGGAGAAGGAUUAAUCGUGAAUGAGCAUUUGUGUGAGAUGGUAUACUGCAGCUCUUAUCACUGAUAUUUUUGCAAUGUUAGGAUUAGUACUUUCAUUUAUAUGAUUAAAAUGCCUUGUUAGUGAAUUCUAAAAUCUAAGACUAAAUCACUUAAGGACUAAGUUUUGAGUUUUGUUUUUAACCGUUACUGUUAUCCCUUUUCCGUACACUGAAUCAAACACACGCAAUACAUUCCACGACAUACAUCAAAUUUAGUUUACAAGGGUAACAUUAGGUACUUAAUUUUAGACCAACUAUCUAAACAUAUUCCAAUUAAAACAGCCACUGAAAAGAAAACGCACACCACGCAUUUCGAGACAUUGUGAUUGUUUUCUUAUUAACACUCAAAAGCAUUAAAUUGGUCAUCAGAAAACUAA